AUGAGAAUCAUAGUUUAUCUACUGUUCGUUCCUUCUCUCAUAGUUUUCAUAGCAGCGGACACAUCAUUCAAUAUUACACAGACAAAGUCCCUUAGUUAUGGAAAUACCUUAGUUUCUUUCCCACAAGGAAUCUUUGAGUUUGGUUUCUUUAAUCUAGGAAAUCCCAAAAAAAUCUACCUCGGGAUUCGCUACAAGAAUAUCCCACUUCAAAACGUUGUUUGGGUUGCGAACCUUGGCAACCCAAUCAAUGAUUCCUCAGCCAUCUUGAAACUAAACAGUUCCGGCAAUUUAAUCCUAACCCACAACAACAAGGUUGUUUGGUCCACAAAUUCUCAAAAAGAAGCACAGAAUCCAGUGGCGGAGCUCUUGGAUUCUGGAAAUCUUGUGAUAAGAGAUGAGAAUGCGAGAAACUCAAAUCAAGAGGAAUAUCUUUGGCAAAGCUUUGAUUACCCAUCUGAUACAUUGUUGCCAGGAAUGAAGGUUGGAUGGGACCACAAAAGAAAACUCAACCAUCAACUCGUAGCAUGGAAGAGUUGGGAUGAUCCAACCCCAGGUGACUUUUCUUGGGGUUUUGCUCUAAACCCUUUUCCUGAGAUAUAUAUGAUGAAUGGAACCAAAAAGUAUCACAGAGUUGGACCAUGGAAUGGUUUGCGUUUCAGUGGGGUGCCAGAAAUGGCGCCAAAUCCCGUUUACCUUUACGAGUUUGUCUCCAACAAGGAAGAGGUUUCUUACACAUGGACCCUUCAGCAGUCUAGUUUGAUAACAAGAGUUGUACUUAACCAAACCACUCUACAACGUCGUCAAUAUGUAUGGUCAGAUAUCGAUGUAUCAUGGAAGCUAUAUUCAACGUUGCCUGAAGACGAGUGUGACAAUUAUGGGGUGUGUGGAGCGAAUGCAUAUUGCAGCAUUUCUGCUUCACCCAUGUGUGAAUGUUUGCAAGGGUUCAACCCUACGUCUCCUGAAAAAUGGAACUCAAUGGACUGGUCCCAAGGAUGUGUCCUUAAACAUCCACUAAGCUGCAAUGGUAGUAACACGGAUGAGUUUAUCAAACACAUAGACAUGAAAGUACCAGAUACUACAUAUACUUGGGUGGAUGAGAAUAUUGACUUAGAUGCAUGCAGAGACAAAUGCUUGAAAAAUUGCUCUUGCAUGGCUUAUACUAAUUCGAACAUAAGUGGAAAAGGAAGUGGUUGUGUCCUUUGGUUUGGCCAACUAUUUGACAUCAAAGUGCUUCAAACUGGUGGGCAAGAUCUAUAUAUCCGGAUACCUGCUUCGGAGUUAGUCAACCGUGAAGAGCGACAGGGUCACAGCAAACGGUCGACUAUAAUAAUUGCUACCACGGUUGUUGCGACUGGUACGAUACUUUUAUUUUGCAUUAUUGUCAUACUCGGAGUCCGAAGGAAGAUUGCUGUGAACAUCGAAAGACAACUAGAAGAUAUGGAUCUGCCAUUGUUUGAUCUUCUAACGAUCACCACUGCCACUAAUGAUUUCUCAUUGGAGAAUAAGAUUGGACAAGGUGGUUUUGGAUGGGUAUAUAAGGGAAAAUUAGACAAUGGGCAAGAAAUUGCUGUCAAGAGACUUUCAAGUAGUUCUGAUCAAGGUAUAGAUGAAUUUAUAACAGAAGUAAAACUGAUUGCAAAGCUUCAACAUCGAAAUCUUGUAAAGCUUUUAGGUUGUUGCUUUCAAGGAGAAGAAAAAUUACUGAUAUAUGAAUACAUGGUUAACGGCAGCCUAGAUUCCUUCAUUUUUGAUCAAUCAAAAGGUAAAUUAAUGGAUUGGCAACGACGGUUCCAUAUAAUAUUUGGAAUUGCUAGGGGACUUCUUUACCUUCACGAAGAUUCACGAUUAAGGAUUAUUCAUAGAGAUCUUAAAGCAAGUAACGUUUUACUUGAUGAAAAGUUAAAUCCCAAAAUAUCAGAUUUUGGAAUUGCUAGAGCUUUUGGAGGAGAUCAAAUUGAAGGAAAUACAAAUAGAGUAGUUGGAACUUAUGGAUACAUGGCCCCUGAGUAUGCUGUGGAUGGAUUAUUUUCAAUCAAAUCGGACAUCUUCAGUUUUGGCAUUUUAAUGAUAGAAAUAAUAUGUGGGAACAAAAAUAGAGCUCUUUUUCAUGGAAAUCAGACUCUUAACCUUGUCGGAUAUGCAUGGGCACUUUGGAAAGAGCAAAAGGCUUUGCAGUUGCUUGACUCUAGCAUAAAGGACUCAUGCAUUAUAUCAGAAGUAUUGCGAUGCAUUCAUGUUAGUCUCUUGUGUGUGCAACAAUGUCCGAACGAUAGGCCAACCAUGACCUCAGUAAUUCAAAUGUUAGGGAGUGAGAUGGAAUUGGUUGAACCAAAAGAGCCUGGUUUCUUUCCAAGGAGGAUUGUGGAUGAAGGAAAUUUAAGCUCAGAUCAGAACCAAGUGACUUCAAAUGAUGAAUUAACCAUUACCUCAUUGAAAGGCCGCUGAAAUUAUUCACUCAGCCUAUCAUAUU